AUGGCUGUCCACGCCCCCGAGGGACACGUCGGCCCCAGCGACGCCCGCCCGCCGUCUGUGCAGGGCAUCAAGUCCGAUCUUGUCGUUGUGGGUGGUGGUGGUGGUGUCGCUGAUGCGACGGGUACUGCCAAUGGGGCUGCUACUACCGGUACCGUUCCUGAGGCCAGACUGCACGACCACAACCACAACCACGAUCACACCCACCAAUCCCCCUUACCUACAUACCCUGACGCCACUGCCGCCGACGACGAUGACGAUGAUGAGGGCGGCCCCUGGGACUCGGAAUCGCUGUAUGAGGAGAUCCUGGACGAAGUCGAGGCCUUUGAAUACUCGGCCGAUGGCACAGAAACAUGUACCGCUGAAGAAGCUCGUCACCUGCGCCAGCGCCUGCACGAGGUGGGCGCCAGCCAGUUCGUCAUGGAAAACAUCACCAGUGACAAGAUGACGGCCCGCAAACUGUGCACUGCCUUUGGCGUCCGCAUCCCCAAGUUCCUCGAGGCUGCCCCCGACGAGAACUUCUACCAGCUGCUUGGCCUGGCCAUAAACAGAGAGCUGAACAAGCGUCCACGCCUCGACCAGUACAAGACCAUCGACGACGCCGCGCAAUUGCUGCGAGAGCGCAAGAACAUCAUGGUCAUCACCGGGGCAGGCAUCUCGACGAGCCUCGGCAUACCCGACUUCCGCUCCAAGAACACCGGCUUCUACUCGCGACUCCUGCAAAUGGGCUACGACGAGCCCGAGCAGGUCUUUGACAUCCACAAUUUCGAUCAAGAUCCUCGCACCUUCUAUGCCCUCGCCGGCGACAUCAUCCCCGACCUGGAAAAGUGGACGCCCACGCACGAAUUCAUACGACUCCUGCAAGACAAGGACAAGCUCCUCACCAACUACACCCAGAACAUUGACAACGUCGAAGCCCACGCCGGCAUCCGCAAAGACAAACUCAUCCAAUGUCACGGCUCCUGGGCCACGGCCACGUGUCGAAAAUGCAAAUUCAAAGUCCCUGGCGAAGAUAUCUUCGACUCGGUACGCGCCCAAAAGCCUGCAGAAUGCAAGCGUUGUAUGGACGAAAUCGCCAAACAACAGCCCGGCAAGAAGCGCAAACGGAACUCCAACGGCACCGCCAACCCUGCCCGCAAGAAGCGCUCGAGCGACGAAGACUCCGACUCAGACGGUGCCUACGACAUGCCCGAGCCAGGCAUCAUGAAACCCGACAUCACCUUCUUCGGCGAACAACUCCCCAACGACUUCUUCGACCGACUCAAGGACAUCGACAAGGACCUCGUCGACCUCGUCAUCGUCAUGGGCACCUCGAUGAAAGUCGCACCCGUCUCGGAAAUUCCAAACUUUUUACCUCGCGACGUGCCCCAGAUUUACAUCUCGCGAGAUCCCAUCUACCACAUCAAUUUCGACAUCAAUCUCCUGGGUGACUGCGACGUCGUCGUGGCCGAGCUGGCGAAGCGUGCGGGUUGGGAACUCCGCCAUGGCAUGAUUCCUGAGGGGCAAGGGGUCGAGGUCAAGAUGGUGGAUGAGGCCGAACAUGUUAGCGAGGUGAGGGUGGUUGCCGGGUUGGUGACGACAACCAACGGCUUGGGCGUGGCCAAAGAAGAGACUAGUUGA